UGCUAUAUCACAGAGUACAUGGGCAAGAUCGACCAAUUGGGUUCCGGUCGCGAACGCUUUCAGCUGCUGAGCGUAAUUACGCGCAAAUUGAAAGAGAGGCAUUGGCAGUUGUCUUCGGGGUUACAAAGUUCCGGGAAUAUCUGCUCGGGAAUCAUUUCACGCUUGUGACAGAUCACAAACCUCUUCUGAGCCUUUUCAGCCCCGACAAGCCCGUUCCCGCCAUGGCCGCUGCCCGGAUUCAGCGUUGGUCCCUCUUGCUGAGCGCCUACAACUACAAAAUUCAGUUCAAGCCAGGAAAGACGUUGAUUCCUGCAGACACCCUCAGCCGUUUACCGGUGCGGCAGGAGCAUAACAACACUAAGGCUGCAGAAGAUGACGCUCGUGCGUGCAACAGUGGCCCACCGCUGAGCAAAGACGUCUGGUUCAAGAACUACGGAGUGGGUGACAAAUGGAAACCAGGCUCGUUAGAGUCCACCGAAGGCUCGCGAAUGGCAACGGUAAAGACAGCAGAUGGGGAGCAACAUCGCCGCCACCUCGACCAGCUAAAAACCAGGAGGACCAGCGUGGGAGGAGAAGCGAUGGAACCCGAGGCCCCCAUGCAAGCAGCAACGACUAAAGGCAGCCAGAACGCAGCGGCAGACUCGCAGUCUCAAGGACACGACAGCAGUCACAGUCAGGUUCAAGUAGGCACCGACAUUCGAACGCCGUCAGACGGGCGGGCCGAAGCCGAGGUUGCUACCAGAGAGCCGCAAGUGACUGACCGGGCUGAAGUGACACUGCGUAGGUCGAAGCGGAAGCCCCGGCCCCCGGAUCUCCCGGCCCCCGGCUCUCGUGUCUCGCGAUGUUGCUCCCCAUCUGCUGUCUUUACCGUUGCCAUUCGCGAGCCUUCGGUGGACUCUAACGAGCCUGGUUUCCAUUUGUCACCCACUCCGUAG